AGUCCAGCUGAGCUGAAAAUGCAACGAGAAUUCAAAGUGGAACAGAGUAAACGUGACUAUGAAAUGCAACUUGCACUUGUGCGGGUCGAACUAGGCAAGCUACCAUACAUGCAGCUGGAACAAGCCAAGAUUUUGAAGAAUUUCAAUGAAUUAAUGUUCAAUUAUCAUUCGCUGAUCGAAACGACUCUUGUUAAAUAUCAUGCUGAUAAAGUUUAA